CUUCGUCUCUGCGUUGCCUGUGACGCAAGCCGUCGAGUUGGCCUUGAACCAAUGAAAAGUCAGCGCCUCUCCAGCUCGGGCCAAUCAACUUUCGGAUUAGAGGGUUUAACUCCUUUUAAAAUGAAAACUGAAUCCUAACGGCUGAGCUCUCGGGAGGACUCGGCGGCCUCGGUCACAGGCGAGAGCCCACAGGCAUCAUGGACAAAUGUAAAGAAAACUGCAUUUUGGGGCCUAAGACUACAGUUCCACUUGGUGAUGGUCCAAAACGUGUUCCGGUGACUCAACAAUUUCCUUCUCAGAAUCCGGUAUCUGCAAACAGUGGCCAGGCUCAGCGGGUCUUAUGUCCUUCAAAUUCUGCCCAGCGUGUUCCUUCACAAGCGCAGAAGCUUGUGUCCAGCCAUAAACCAGGACAGAAUCUGAAGCAGAAGCAGUCGCAGGCAGCCAGUGUCCCUCGUCCUGUCUCCAGGCCGCUGGGUAAUACCCAAAAGAGUGAGCAGCCCCAGCCACCAGCACCUGGAACUAAUCCUGAAAAGGAAGUGGCAUCAAAACAGAAAAAUGAAGAAUCAAAAAAGAGGCAGUGGGCCUUGGAAGAUUUUGAAAUUGGUCGUCCACUGGGUAAAGGAAAGUUUGGUAAUGUUUAUUUGGCAAGAGAAAAACAAAGCAAGUUUAUCCUGGCUCUGAAAGUAUUAUUUAAAGCUCAACUAGAGAAAGCAGGCGUUGAGCAUCAGCUGAGAAGAGAAGUAGAAAUACAGUCCCACCUUAGGCAUCCGAAUAUUCUCAGACUGUAUGGUUAUUUCCAUGAUGCUACCAGAGUUUACCUAAUUCUGGAAUAUGCACCUCUUGGAGCUGUCUAUAGAGAACUUCAGAAACUGUCAAAGUUUGAUGAGCAGAGAACUGCUACUUAUAUCACAGAAUUGGCAAAUGCCCUGUCUUACUGUCAUUCAAAGAGAGUUAUUCAUAGAGACAUUAAGCCAGAGAACCUGCUCCUUGGAUCAGCUGGAGAGCUUAAGAUUGCAGAUUUUGGGUGGUCGGUACAUGCCCCAUCCUCCAGGAGAACCACCCUCUGUGGCACCCUGGACUACCUGCCCCCCGAGAUGAUCGAAGGCCGGAUGCAUGAUGAGAAAGUGGAUCUCUGGAGCCUGGGGGUGCUUUGCUAUGAGUUUCUAGUUGGGAAGCCUCCUUUUGAGGCAAGCACAUACCAAGAGACCUACCGAAGGAUAUCGAGGGUUGAAUUCACGUUCCCUGACUUUGUACCAGAGGGAGCCAGGGACCUCAUCUCGAGACUGUUGAAGCAUAAUCCCAGCCAGAGGCCCACCCUCAGAGAAGUACUUGAACACCCCUGGGUCACAGCGAAUUCAAAACCGUCAAGUAGUCAAAAAAAAGAAUCAACCAGCAAACAACCAUGAGAAUCUUUUGGGGCAGAGACCCCUGCGCAGGGCUGCUGUGUGCUCUGUCCAGAGCAGCUGCUGACGCCUGUCUUCUGCUGCCUGCCUGCCUGUCCCCGAGACGCUACAGGGAACGCUGUUACUGAGCAGGCAGUGCCUCGACCUUCCCACCCAGAGUCCCAGCUCGGCAGACGUGACACCCCGGAGCCAGAGGAGCCUCAGGAAUUGUGCUUGGCACCGCACUGGCUGUAUAAUCAGUCUGGAGGCAGUGUGCAAGUGCAGCCGCCCUACAGCGUCUGUGGAGUAAGGCGACCUUGGAAGAUGGACCCGGAGCCUGGCUGUGGGGAGGUGGCCACUGGUUCCGACCUGUUGAAAAGCUGUGCAAUAACCUCCCCAGUCCCUGUGUGCGUGUAACUUAUCGGGUGGCCCGUCUGGUAAAGCUGUUGGAAUGAACAUGGGAUUCUUUUAAAUGUUAAAAUAAAGACUUUGUGUAGACUUGCAUAUUUAAUUCCAUGGCAUCCCUUUAGGACCACUCUCAGUGUCUGUCCAGCACCCCUGCCAAGCCUGGUUAUCGCGUCCUCCUCCUCCACUGACCUCCGGGCUGAGAGACUGAGACGGCACACAUGCUCUGUCUCCACUUGGGGACACGGGUGAGAUGUGGGUCUUGGCUGUUUCUACAUGUUCGGGGCUUAGGUUUUCCAUGGUUUUGAUGUUUUGUUAAUGUACUUUACAAAAGCUUUAUAUAUAAAGACAUAUAGAAAACAA